AUGCAGGAAUUUUUCGUUAAAAGUGCUGAUAGAGUUGAACUCAUGUCAUUCUUGGGAAUUUUUGGUGCCAUUGUCAGCGCUAUCCAAAUAAGCAUACUUGAACGCGAUGAACUUAAAAGUAUUCACUGGUCAGCUGGGGCGGCGCUUCCUUUUGUCGGAUUUUCGGUGGCCAUGUUUUUGUUUUACUCUGGUGUUCCGAUCUUAUUAAAGAUUAGUGGUUCUACAAUGCUUAAUUUGUCUUUGCUCACCUCUGAUAUGUGGGCUGUUUUAAUUCGUAUCUUUGCGUACCAUGAAAAGGUUGAUUGGAUGUAUUUUGUAGCCUUUGCUAUCGUUACUGCCGGGCUUAUUGUUUAUUCAGUGGGCGACAAAAUGGAGGAAAACCCGGCUGAAGUUGGAGAUGAGGAGGUCGAGCAAAGCAAGUGCUUUGACGAGGAGGCAGUUGGUAGGGGAGCUUCCUGCAUAAUUUCAGCUGUAAAGGAUGGUGAAGCACUGCCUCUAUUGAAGUAG